AUGGGAUCGAACCAGACAUCUGAUGCAAUUCAGCUCUAUACAUGUGCCCUUGCACUGCGUGGAGAUAGUGCGACUUACUAUGUCGACAGGGCAGCUGCUUUCACUGAGAUCGGUGAGUACAAUGAAGCCUUUGAAGACUGUCUUGCUGCCAUUCACUUUGACCCCAAAUACUGGAAUGCAUACAAUCGUCUUGGUCCUGUAUACUAUGCUCUCGGGAAGUACAGUGAAGCUAUUGAAAGAUCAACGUAUCAUUGUGCUCAGGCUUGGGCGUCUUUGACACCUGCGAACAUUCCGUCGUCAGUCAUAGGAAAUACAUAUAGACAAUUUGUUGCCACCUUCUCCUGGAGGGACUCUGGUCUCAGUCGUCUUCAACUUGAACAGAGCGACAGCGGGAGACAACAUGGGAUGGCCAGAAUCGACCAAAGUGGGGAUUGA